UCAGCUCACAGAAAGUCCAGACUCACUGCUGGUCCUCACCGAUGUUCUGGAAGAGUGGAGGUGUUUCAUGGAGGUUCCUGGUCCACAGUGUGUGAUGGUGACUUUGACCAGCAGGAUGCAGAGGUUGUGUGUCGAGAUCUGGACUGUGGGAUUCCUGUGAAGGUUCUGGGAUCAGCUGCUUUUGGUCGAGGGGAGGGUCAGGUGUGGACAGAGGAGCUUCAGUGUAGAGGAAAUGAAUCUGAUAUUACCCUCUGUCCAAUAUCAUCUUCACUCAAACACUCAAACUGCUCCCAUCACAAUGAUGUGGGAUUAAUAUGUUCUGGUCACACAGAGGCUCGGCUGGUGAACGGAUCAGACUCCUGUUCUGGUCGAGUGGAGCUCCAGUACCUCAGUGAGUGGGGCACAGUUUGUGCUGUAGGCUGGGAUAUGAGAGCUGCAGAUGUUCUCUGUGCACAGCUGGAUUGUGGGAGUGCUGUGGCUGUGGUGGAGGUGGACUGGUUUGUGGAGGGGAGUGGCCACAUCUGGGCUGAUGUGUUUGAUUGUCAGGGGAAUGAGACACACCUAUCACAAUGUGGCAUCUCAUCAUGGAGUCGAGCUGCAUGUUCUCAUAAACACGAUGCUGGAGUGAUCUGUAACGGAUCAUCCAUGGCGUUUCAUGAGGGGCGAGUGCGGUUGUCUGGAGGGAGCGAGUGUCAGGGGGAGGUGGAGAUUUAUUUCAGGCAGGACUGGAGGAAAGUUCUCCUGGACUCGUGGAGUCUGUCUGAGGCGUCUGUGCUCUGCAGACAGCUGGGCUGUGGCUCUGUGCUGAACUACCGUUCAUCUCCAUCCACCACUGAACACAAACACAUGUGUGUAACGGCUUUCAGCUGCUCUGGGAGUGAAGCUCAUCUGGGGAACUGCAGCAGUGCACAAGCUGUCAACUGCACCUCUGGAGAACAUCUGUACAUCACCUGCUCAGGUCACAGAAAGUCCAGACUCACUGCUGGUCCUCACCGAUGUUCUGGAAGAGUGGAGGUGUUUCAUGGAGGUUCCUGGUCCACAGUGUGUGAUGGUGACUUUGACCAGCAGGAUGCAGAGGUUGUGUGUCGAGAGCUGGACUGUGGGAUUCCUGUGAAGGUUCUGGGAUCAGCUGCUUUUGGUCGAGGGGAGGGUCAGGUGUGGACAGAGGAGCUUCAGUGUAGAGGAAAUGAAUCUGAUAUUACCCUCUGUCCAUUAUCAUCUUCACUCAAACACUCAAACUGCUCCCAUCACAAUGAUGUGGGAUUAAUAUGUUCUGGUCACACAGAGGCUCGGCUGGUGAACGGAUCAGACUCCUGUUCUGGUCGAGUGGAGCUCCAGUACCUCAGUGAGUGGGGCACAGUUUGUGCUGUAGGCUGGGAUAUGAGAGCUGCAGAUGUUCUCUGUGCACAGCUGGAUUGUGGGAGUGCUGUGGCUGUGGUGGAGGUGGACUGGUUUGUGGAGGGAGUGGCCACAUCUGGGCUGAUGUGUUUGAUUGAUCAUCCAUGGCGUUUCAUGAGGGGCGAGUGCGGUUGUCUGGAGGAGCGAGUGUCAGGGGAGGUGGAGAUUUAUUUCAGGCAGGACUGGAGGAAAGUUCUCCUGGACUCGUGGAGUCUGUCUGAGGCGUCUGUGCUCUGCAGACAGCUGGGCUGUGGCUCUGUGCUGAACUACCGUUCAUCUCCAUCCACCACUGAACACAAACACAUGUGUGUAACGGCUUUCAGCUGCUCUGGGAGUGAAGCUCAUCUGGGGAACUGCAGCAGUGCACAAGCUGUCAACUGCACCUCUGGAGAACAUCUGUACAUCACCUGCUCAGGUCACAGAAAGUCCAGACUCACUGCUGGUCCUCACCGAUGUUCUGGAAGAGUGGAGGUGUUUCAUGGAGGUUCCUGGUCCACAGUGUGUGAUGGUGACUUUGACCAGCAGGAUGCAGAGGUUGUGUGUCGAGAGCUGGACUGUGGGAUUCCUGUGAAGGUUCUGGGAUCAGCUGCUUUUGGUCGAGGGGAGGGUCAGGUGUGGACAGAGGAGCUUCAGUGUAGAGGAAAUGAAUCUGAUAUUACCCUCUGUCCAUUAUCAUCUUCACUCAAACACUCAAACUGCUCCCAUCACAAUGAUGUGGGAUUAAUAUGUUCUGGUCACACAGAGGCUCGGCUGGUGAACGGAUCAGACUCCUGUUCUGGUCGAGUGGAGCUCCAGUACCUCAGUGAGUGGGGCACAGUUUGUGCUGUAGGCUGGGAUAUGAGAGCUGCAGAUGUUCUCUGUGCACAGCUGGAUUGUGGGAGUGCUGUGGCUGUGGUGGAGGUGGACUGGUUUGUGGAGGGAGUGGCCACAUCUGGGCUGAUGUGUUUGAUUGAUCAUCCAUGGCGUUUCAUGAGGGGCGAGUGCGGUUGUCUGGAGGAGCGAGUGUCAGGGGAGGUGGAGAUUUAUUUCAGGCAGGACUGGAGGAAAGUUCUCCUGGACUCGUGGAGUCUGUCUGAGGCGUCUGUGCUCUGCAGACAGCUGGGCUGUGGCUCUGUGCUGAACUACCGUGGUAUUAACUGCACAGGUGGUCCACAAGAACACUGGUCUCUCAGGCUGAGUGGAGGAAAGGGAAGCUGCUCUGGGAGGUUGGAGGUGUAUCAUAACGCUACAUGGGGCUCCGUUUGUGAUGAUCAGUGGAACAUCAGUAACGCUCAGGUGGUGUGCAGACAGCUGGGCUGUGGGUCGGUGCUGAGUGCUGAUAGGUUUGGUCCUGGUGAAGGGACUGUCUGGCUGAACAGAGUGAAGUGUCGAGGGGAUGAGAUUCACCUGUGGGACUGUCAUCAUUCCCUGAAGAAACACACUGACUGCUCUCAUGCUGGAGUCACCUGUGCAGGUCAGAGGGACGUAUCUGCAUCCACCACUUCUACAACCAAAUCAACAACAAUCACCACCACAACAGGUACAAUAUUACAAUCUUCCUGUCCACCAUUUUUCUACAUCUUUAUGAAAACACUGUCCUGUGGAGAUUCUCUUCUAUAAUUUCAUUUCAGCCAGAAGAACAGGAA